AUGCGCAGUGCCUUAGAGCCAGGUCAUUCAAAUGAUCCUGCUAGUGAUCGAUUCAGAGCUGUCCUUCGGGCGGCCCUCAAGUUAGCAAAAGCAAAGCGACAGCAGAAUCCUAACGCCUUUAUAUUCGUUAGUAUCUUUGGUCUACAGACGUCUAAAGAGUACCCUAGCCCUCCCGCAGCGGACCUAUGUGGCAUCACAGACGCUCUGCUAAACGACUCAGGAAGCAAUUCUUCCAGUCAUAAUCUUCUCAUCGCUCGUACAAAUGCGAAUAACAUGUCCCAUAUAUCAAAAUACAUCAAGACAAAACUCACCUGCCAAGAGGCUCAAAUCAUCAACACGCAUUUAAAACUACAUCCUGACCAAGUGCAGGUAUUCGUUAACGCCAUUCCACCUGAAGCUGAGGUAAACAAGUUACGCUCGUUAACUCGAACAGGUGGUGCAUCUAUUGGCACAGCCCUCGGUUUCGCCGCAUCAAAGUUCAUCCCCGGGGGGACCCUGGUUGUGGAUGCUGCAAAGUCGAUUGGUUCAGCGGUUGGUUCGACCGUUGGUGAUUCAGUUGAAGACUCAAGAGUCGACAGAUCUGAGGCUUUGGCCCUAGCCAGACAUAUCCAAAGGGACUGGCUAUCAGAUUUUACGAAUUUCGAACCUCAUCCUGUUUCUAAGGUCGUAGAAAUUCUACAGCAACUACAGGACCACGAGGAUCGUGAUCGAAGAAAUGUGCUGGAAGAUAACAACGACAACCUGUUCGACGCCAUGCGUCAAUACAUGUAUGGUCUUACGCCCAUGUGUCAUACUUUAAAAAAGGCUCUGGAUGCUUUUCGAAGCAAACCAGAAGCAGAACAUCGCAUGCUUGUACUUAUAUCGGACGGUAAUUCAACAGAUGGUGAUCCAUCAACAGCCGCUGGUGAUCUUCGAAGUGAUGGUAUAUCAAUCGCAACAGUCAAGCUGACAGACAAUCGGUCGGGUACUCAGCAGGCCUUGCAUUAUAAGACAAAUCCGCUCUGGGACAAGGGUACCCGGAACCUCUUCAAGAUAUCGACCCCUAUUCCCGGAUCAACACAUCCAGUUCCUGUCUUAGCCUCUGUUAGUUGGGCGGUUCCUUCAGCGGGAGAGAUUGCCCUAUUUUGCACGGUUUACACCGUCGCGGCAUUGGAAGAGUUCUGUUCGAUGCUGCUCUCUGCCCGAUUCGGUUCAGCAGAUGCGCUAUUAGAUAUCGUUAGUAGAAUGCGUUUUGACGAUUAUAUCAACAACGAGCAUCUUACCAUCCGACAUAAGCCUACUAACCAAGGGAAAAGGGGUAUCUGUUAUGCGCAUGCCGUAGCAUCUGUCAUGCACAUGGCUUUACUUCGCAUUAUCUCUAGAGCCGGUGGCAUUCCUUCUUUCAACGAAAUACGGGAUAAGAUUCUGUCUAAAUAUCCAGAGAUAGAAGAUGGACAACCAACUAUAGAAGUAGAGAGCGACCUAACAGACGCCGAACAACAAGCUUUCGACACUAAAGUGAACGAAGAGCUGCAUCGUCGUGCUGAGGAACACGAGAGCAUUUUCAAGCUUAAAUAUCGAUAUCCAAGAUGCAAGGACACUUCUCCACUGGCAGAAUUCAGAGGAAGUAUCAGGAGAGCUUUAUAUCCAAAAUAUCAGGGAUAG